AUGUCGACGGAUGCAAGUGCACCGGUCUUGCCCGGUCCUCAGGCAGGAUUUGAGGGCGCAUACAACCUAUUGUCGUUUGAUGGCGGUGGCGUCAAAGGCAUAUCGAGCAUGAUCAUCCUCAAGAAAGUCAUGGAUCGGGUACGGGACAUUGAAAAUGAGACAGCAGCAGUAGAGGGCAGACCUCUUGACACAGACGAGAGAAGACCUGUGGAUUAUUUUGACCUUGCAGCAGGCACAAGUACUGGAGGACUCAUCGCACUCAUGCUAUUUCGACUUCACAUGAAGUGUAGCGAGGUCAUUGGUCAAUACCACGACCUGGCCAAAGAAGUAUUCAGCCCCAGAAUAGGCCCGGUCUCUCUGUACCGGCUUGGUCGGCUCGGAAAGCAUGUGGGCGAUCUUUGGAUCAAGUUCAAGAUGUUGACGGGCCAAUCUCAAUUCUCCCACAAGCCAUUGGAGAAGGCCAUCGACACAGUCGUCGGGGCAUUUCCCCUCGAUGACGACGACAAGGCACGGAAAGGGGACGCCGCGCUCGUCAAGGACAGCCAAGGUCAAAUGUUCAUGUGUGCCACGCUCGCCGACAAAGGAGAGAGUAUUCUCCUGCGCAACUACGAUCCUCCAUUUGCACCUCUCCCUGUCUCCGCUGGGGCUAAGGACCUCAAUUUCAAUGCCAUUAGCAUCAAAGAAGCCGCACGGGCGACCUCGGCCGCCCCAACCUACCUGAAACAGGUCAACAUCCAGGGUCUGAACUUUUGGGAUGGCGGACUUCUCAACAACAAUCCAAUCGACCAAGUCUGGGACAACAGAUAUGAUCUGGUUGCUCGUGAACAUCAGUCUCCACAUAUCAGAUGCAUUGUGAGCUUGGGAACCACUCACCCCGACUAUGACCCCAAUAAGAAGCCUCCUGGACGGUUUGUGGCCAGAUUCUUCAAUACUGUAUCCAAGACAGUUGCCUUCGUCACCAACACCGAGGCCAAGCACCGGGAUUUUGAGCGAAACAUGCGCCAGCGCAACCGGCGUCGGCCAGACCGGCCUACUGGCUAUUUUCGAUUCAACGCACCCACGGAGAAAGAGCAGAUCGAUUUGAGCGAUUACCUCAAGAUGCCCAAGUUGCGUGACUAUACAGAAAAGUAUUUGAAGAAUCCAGAUGUGGACGUCAUGAUCCAUGAGUGUGCGGCAUUGCUUGCGAAAAAGCAUUGA